CCAACUUCUGAGCUAAAUGGCAAUCGACACCAACUCUCCAUUCUCCACCCUCGGCGUAGUAGAGAAGAGCAGAGAUUCGAGAUGAAGCUCGCCGUUCCUCUUCUCCUCCUUGCUGUCAUCUCUGCUGCCUUGUCCGCGGUCUCGGCCGCGCUGCCGAAGGUCCCCGCCGUCUACGUCUUCGGCGACUCCACCGCCGACGUCGGCAACAACAACUACCUGCCGGGGAAGGAUGCCAAGGCGGACUUCCCCCACUACGGCGUCGACUUCCCGCUCCAGACUCCCACCGGACGGUUCAGCAAUGGCUACAACACCAUUGAUUUCUUAGCAAUUCAUAUGGGGUUCAAAAGAAGCCCACCGCCGUAUCUCGCUGUGGUGAACAAAACCCACCCGCUCAUCCUAAGAGGCCUGCGAGGUGUGAGCUUUGCCUCCGGCGGAUCCGGAAUCCUCGACUCCACUGGCACCACCAUAACCAUGACAAAGCAGAUCCAAGACUUCGCUGCACACGAAUCCAACAUCGCCUCGCGAGUCACCGUGGCAGUAGCCAAGGGACUGCUGUCCAAGUCCGUCUUCCUCAUCAGCUCCGGCGGCAACGACGUCUUCGCCUUCUUCUUCGCCACGGGCGGCAACGCGACCGCCGACCAGACCGAGCAGUUCUACAACGUCAUGAUCACCAACUACACCACACAUCUCAAGGCGCUGUACGAUCUGGGAGCGAGGAAGUUCGCGCUCAUCAACGUGCCGCCGGUCGGGUGCUGCCCCAUUUCGCGAGUCAGGCAUCCCUUGGGAGCGUGCCUCGAUGGAUUGAACACCUUGACCAAGGGCUUCAACGACAGAGUCAGCGUCCUCGUGAAGAGUCUUAGCUCGGAGAUGGAAGGGAUGAAGUACACGAUCGGGAACUCGUACAACGUCGUCAUGAGCAUAGUUUCUGACCCCGCAGGAGUCGGUUACAAGGACGUGAGCAGUGCUUGCUGUGGGUUGGGGAAACUGGGGGCAGAGGUCAUGUGCUCGCCCAACACCACCUUCUGCACCAACCGCAACGAGCUCCUGUUCUGGGAUAGGAUUCACCCGACACAUGCGACGUCGGAGAAGGCGGGUUUCGCGUUGUACGGUGGGGCAUUGGAGUACGCCAGUCCUAUCAAUCUGAAGCAGCUGGUGGAGAGUUGAAGAAGGGAAUGGCGUUGGUGUUGUUAGCAGAAGCUAGAUGAUGUAAGAGGGAGGAAUAAAUGCUUGCACUUCGUGCUGAGCACGAUGAGAUUGUGGUUUAUGAAUAAGUAGUGAUUCGAAUGGAGGCAUCCUUUCAUUUGCA